UUUUGUUGCGGAUUUUGGUGUGGAAUUGCGAUUUUAAGAUCUACUUGAUGUGAUUAUUCAUGCGAUUGGUUUUAUGCGGUUGUUAUUGUUUGUUCUUGGAAUUCAACUUGUUUUUUCUUUAUCUCAUAUAUGUUAUUUCAUGUUUUUAGGGUGGAUAAUUUACAUGCUGUAGACUUAUGAUUCAAAUGAAUUUCUGGUAUAACUUGUUAAUUCAUUCAUCAGAUCAAUUUUUCAAGUGUUGUGGCUGGAAAUCAGGGAUUAAUGACCUGUGAUCAAUUUUUUCAUGGGGUGGUUUGCAAAGACGUUAUUCUUUAGUGCACUAGCCGCAAUCUUAGUGGAAGACAUUUCUAAAGCUAGAAUUAUUACUUGGUUGUUCAAUUGGCUUGAGUAGUUAUGGGUGGAUGCUAUUAAUUUUUUGUGACAGUAUUACUAGUCCAUAUGAUCAUAUUUCUAUUCAGACUAACUUGAAACACCUUUCGCUAUUUAAAUUGUGUUAGUGCGGUUUUCACUAAAGAAAGAGAAGCAGAAGGUAUAUCUAGAAAAAUGACAUUAUUGGACUGGAUUUAACUGUUGCAUUCAGAAUCCCGUCUCAUUCAUCUAUAUUCAUUUACCUUAGGUGUAGUAGCUGAAUAAAACACUGCUGUAAUACCAACCUUGGUAUAACAAAUCUUUCGCACUAUAUAACAACUGAUUGAACACACCUAUGAAGCACCUCCCUAUACCCUGCAUGGACGAACUCUUGGGGUGAGUUCGAGAUCUGCAGGAGGAUUGAAGUAAUGUAGUGAUUCCUAAUCAGUAAGAAAUUGCAUUGCUUUAGAAGGAAAUCAUGGAUACUGCUAUAAGACAGUUACCACAAAUGUUUUUAGCAAUUUGCUUCUUUCACAUUUCUGAAUAUUUCCUAGCCAUCACUAUUCAUGGAAGAAGGAAUGUGACCCUCCAAUCUCUUUUGAUAAGCAAAAACUAUAUAGUUGCCAUGUUUUUCUCAUUGCUAGAAUACCUGGUCGAAUAUUCAUUCUUUCCUGAAUUGAAGGAACGUUGGUGGUUAAGCAACUUGGGUCUUUUCUUGGUUGUGAUUGGCGAAGUCAUACGCAAAAUGGCGAUUGUCACAGCUGGAAGGUCCUUCACACACCUCAUCAAAAUUCGUCAUGAAGAGCAUCAUAAAUUGGUAACCCAUGGUAUCUACCGUUUUGUUCGGCAUCCAGGAUAUUGUGGCUUUCUUAUUUGGUCUGUGGGUACUCAAAUUAUGCUCAUUAACCCUAUAUCAACAGUUGCAUAUACUUUAGUAGUUUGGCGUUUCUUUGCUGGACGAAUACCGUAUGAAGAGAAUUACUUGAGGCGCUUUUUUGGAAAUGAGUAUGGGCAAUAUGCACAAAGGGUACCUUCAGGCAUACCGUUUGUGAAAUAGUCUACCGUGGUACAUGUUGAUCGUGCUUGAGUUAAUGUUCUGCGGCCUGCAUGUUGAUAUUUGAGCUGCUUCCUUUCUGAAAGGGUUGUCUUAGAACUACAACCAAUUAGAACAGUAACCCUACUGUAGGAGAGGUGGCUGCUUUUGUAAUCUGACUGUAGCUGUGUCCCCGAGUUCUGUCUCAAAACCGAAACUUGUGUUUAUUGCUAAGAUCCAUCGCCAUGCUAACACAAUGACCAUCUAAAGCAGAAAGUAUCUGUCACUGGCUCUUCAGUGCUGGUCUGUUAGAUCUCUUACUCCUGAUACCAUGGUCUGUAAUUUUGUAUAUUCUAGUUGCUAAAAGGGAACUGAGAGAAGUUGUGAUCAUAUACUCAUUAUUGAUUAAUUACAUUUAUUUAAUUA